AAACAAAUGACAAUCGAUGAAAAGCCCUAUGGCCCUAUAUUAUUAUCCGGUAAUAAGGGUAAUACGUAAUUGAAUAAUUAAUAAUAAUUAAAAUUAUUUUAUAAACCUUUUUAGACAGUACAGGGUGGUACAGGUGCAAUACAACCUUCAAGAGAUUUUUUUUAGUUUUAUUAUAUCUGUUUGAAAAUGGUUGAAUCUUGCAGUGCAGUGAAAUGUUAUAAUAGACGCAACAAAAAUGAGAAAAUGAAGUUUCACAGGUUUCCUACAGACCCUAACCGGAGAAAAUUGUGGUUGAAUGCAGUAAGAAGAGUGAAUUUUAUUCCCAGUAAAACAACCGUAAUUUGUGAAAAACAUUUCACUUCUGAGGAUUAUGAACUUAAUGUCUAUGGAAAUAGGAUGCUAAAAAAGUCAGCUGUCCCAUCUGUGUUUGAGUUUCAUGGCCAUAUCAAGAAAGAACAUAAACAACAAGGAAUUUUAAAGAGAAAACAAUAUGAAGAGUUAACCUCUGAAGAAACAGAGAAAAUUUUGAAUAUCACUGAAACUGAAGUGAUUGAAGCACCUGAGAAUUGCAGUUGUGCUGAUGAUGGAAAUAUAUUGCCAGCUGGCCCUUCAAACAUAGCACGAAAUCCAGGAGUCUUGCAAUCAAGUGAACCUUCAAGUGCAAAUAGGACAAACAACUUCCGACCAAACAACCGACUUCAAGUGCAAAUAGGACAAAAUUUUGCAAACAUUUGUAAAAGGUCUAAAAGAGAACCAGUAUAUGUUGGAGAAACUGAAGUGAUCGAAGCACCUGAGAAUUGCAGUCAUGCUAUUGAUGAAAAUAUAUUGCCAGCUGGCUCCUCAAACAUAGCACAAAAUCCAGAAGUCUUGCAAUCAAGUGAACCAUCAAGUACAAACAUUUGCAAAAGAGAACCAGUAUACGUUGGAGAAACUGAAGUGAUCGAAGCACCUGAGAAUUGCAGUCUUGCUGAUUAUGGAAAUAUACUGUCAGCUGGCCCUUCAAACAGAGCACAAAAUCCAGGAGUCUUGCAAUCAAGUGAACCUUCAAGUGCAAAUAGGACAAACAACUUCCGACCAAACAACCGACUUCAAGUGCAAAUAGGACAAAAUUUUGCAAACAUUUGCAAAAGGUCUAAAAGAGAACCAGUAUAUGUUAGAGAAACUGAAGUGAUCGAAGCACCUGAGAAUUGCAGUUGUGCUAUUGAUGAAAAUAUAUUGCCAGCUGGCUCCUCAAAUAUAGCACAAAAUCCAAGAGUCUUGCAAUCAAGUGAACCUUCAAGUACAAACAUUUGCAAAAGAGAACCAGUAUACGUUGGAGAAACUGAAGUGAUCGAAGCACCUGAGAAUUGCAGUCAUGCUAUUGAUGAAAAUAUAUUGCCAGCUGGCUCCUCAAACAUAGCACAAAAUCCAGAAGUCUUGCAAUCAAGUGAACCUUCAAGUACAAACAUUUGCAAAAGAGAACCAGUAUACGUUGGAGAAACUGAAGUGAUCGAAGCACCUGAGAAUUGCAGUCUUGCUGAUUAUGGAAAUAUACUGUCAGCUGGCCCUUCAAACAGAGCACAAAAUCCAGGAGUCUUGCAAUCAAGUGAACCUUCAAGUGCAAAUAGGACAAACAACUUCCGACCAAACAACCGACUUCAAGUGCAAAUAGGACAAAAUUUUGCAAACAUUUGCAAAAGGUCUAAAAGAGAACCAGUAUAUGUUGGAGAAACUGAAGUGAUCGAAGCACCUGAGAAUUGCAGUUGUGCUAUUGAUGAAAAUAUAUUGCUAGCUGGCUCCUCAAACAUAGCACAAAAUCCAAGAGUCUUGCAAUCAAGUGAACCUUCAAGUACAAACAUUUGCAAAAGGCCUAGAAGAGAGCCAGUAUACGUUGGAGAAACUGAAGUGAUCGAGGCACCUGAGAAUUGCAGUCAUGUUGAUGAUGGAAAUAUAUUGCCAGCUGGCCCUUCAAACAUAGCACAAAAUCCAGGAGUCUUGCAAUCAAGUGAACCUUCAAGUACAAACAUUUGCAAAAGGUCUAAAAGAGAACCAGUUUACAUUGGAGAAACUGAAGUGAUCGAAGCAGCUGAGAAUUGCAGUAGUGCUAUUGAUGAAAAUAUAUUGUCAGCUGGCUCUUCAAACAUAACACAAAAUCCAGGAGUCUUGCAAUCAAGUGAACCUUCAAGUACAGACAUUUGCAAAAGGCCUAGACGAGAGCCAGUAUACGUUGGAGAAACUGAAGUGAUCGAGGCACCUGAGAAUUGCAGUCAUGUUGAUGAUGGAAAUAUAUUGCCAGCUGGCCCUUCAAACAUAGCACAAAAUCCAGGAGUCUUGCAAUCAAGUGAACCUUCAAGUACAAACAUUUGCAAAAGGUCUAAAAGACAACCAGUAUACUUUGGAGAUUUCAAGUUAUCGGAUUUGGAUAACACGCAAUUUCGGAUGAGAUUUUGGAAAGUUGCUCAGGAAACUGUUGAUAAGUACAGAAAACUGAUUAAAUAUAAUCAAUGUCAAAUAAGAAGACAAGGGAAAAAAAUAAAAAGUUUAAAGAUCCUAUUGGAUGAGCUAUUAAAAGAGAAGAAAAUAUCUGCAGCCCAGUCAUUAGUAUUGAAGGAAAAUCUUUCAGAGACUCAAAAACACCUGAUCUUUGGCCAUCUGAAAAAAGGGAAGUCUAAUGAAUAUAGCCCAGAAUUAAGGUGUUUUGCAUUAACCUUGCAUUCUUAUUCAUCAUCAGCUUACAACUAUGUUAGAAAAAUGUAUGGGAAAACAGUUUUACCACAUCCACGCACUCUUUCAAAAUGGCACAGUGUUGUAGAUGGUACACCUGCUUAUAGUGCAGAAGCACUGCUAAAUUAAAGCAAAAUUAAAGUAGAUGUUUAAAAACAAAAAGGAAUGCACUUUGUUGGUGCAUCUCCUAUAAAGCUAAGUGUCCAUGUGCGACAAAAUAGUCUCGAGACUGCACUCACAAAAUGUAUACAGGGUGAUUGAUUAGUGGGGUAAAGUUCCGUAGAUCCGUUAUAGUAAUAGAUAGCAAUAAAAGUUAAUAACAAAAAUUGUAGCCAACUUUGAGCUUCACAUUUCAGAAUUAAUUAGAAUGUUACAGGGUUUUCGAUAACAUAGUGGCAGACCAAACUUAUCUUUUUUUGAAAUGGAACACCCUGUAUUUUAUUUUAUAUUCGAAAUCUUCUUAACUUCUCCAUUACAAAAAUAUAAAGGUUUGUUAUGUUAUACAUGGUACUUACAAAGUUAUAACCAAUUUUAUAUGAAAAUCGUAAUAAGUUCAACUCACUGUAUAAAUAAAAAUAAGCACAAAAGCAUUGAUGCCAUAUUUUUUUAUUUAUUGUCAAAAUUUUCAUAAAUCAUUGAUAUUGCUAAUUUUCUUUAUAUUGAAUACAGGGUGAGUCAAAACGCAAGUAGGUACAUUAUUUUCUCAGUAAUUUUAAAUGGAACAACCUAAGAUAUUUUAUAUUACUAUCAAAAAGUACCAUUACCGUACUUUAAUUUUUAUAUAGCAUUCCCUAUGUCUAAAUUUAUUAGUUUUCGAGAUAUUUUCAUUUUUCCAUGGACCAGUAGCGUGGCCACCCAGAUUACCAGAAUUUAAUCAACUGGACCGAUUUUUUUGGGGUUACUUUAAGAAUGAAGGUUAUAGAAUGCCUCUAGCAACAAGAGAUGAGAUGAAAAAUAGAAUACAAAGUGUAAUAAUGUACUUGCGUUUUGACUCGCCUGAGUUGUAUUCAAUAUAAAGGAAUUUUAGCAAUAUAUCAUUUAUGAAAAUUUUGACAAUAAAUAAAAAAAUAUGGCAUCAAUAAACCAUUGCCGUUUUGCUUAUUUUUAUUUAUACAGGGAGUUGAACUUGUUACAAUUUUCAUAUAAAAUUGGUUAUAACUUUGUAAAUACCCUGUAUAACAUGCCAAACCUUUAUAUUUUGUAAUGGAGAAGUUAAGAAGAUUUCAAAUAUAAAAUAAAAUACAGGGUGUUCCAUUAAAAAAAUAAGUUUGGUCUGCCACUAUGUUAUGGAACACCCUGUAACAUUCUAACUAAUUUUGUAAUGUGAAGCUCAAAGUUGGCUACAAUUUUUGUUAUUAACUUUUAUUGCUAUUACUAUUAUUAUUAUUUUAUCUAUUACUAUAACGGAUCUGCGGAGCUUUACUAGACUAAUCAAUCACCCUGUAUGGGUCUGAGAGAACUCUCCGAGACAAGCUGUGACUUGUCAAUGAGACUUCACUUGUCACAAGUGGACAUGCUUUUCUGUCUUGGCCAGAAGAGCUGAGACUAGUCUCAAGUGUUUGUUGAAAAAGUAAAUAUUAAAUUGCUUUAAAAAUGAGAUGGGAUUUUACAGUUAUCUUCUGUUUAUGAAGAAAAGGAAUUCUUGUGGAAUGUUAACUACAAGUUAUACAGAAAUAGAGAAAACAAAAUGAGUUUGUAUACUGAAUUUGCAACAAAAUUGAAUAAUUGUGAUGCAGACGAAAUAAAAAGGAGGAUACACAAUUUAAGGAAUCAGAAUAGUACCGUGGGAAAUGUACAGAAUGAGGAAACAUUAAAUUCAGAAAUACCACCUGUACAGGAAAAUAAAAAAGAGGUACAAAAGGCCGUCACAAUGUCAAGAUGAUGACUAUGCUAAAAGAAGCCCUCGAAAUAAUGAAAAAGCCAAAAAACGAUUUUGAUUGUUUUAGAGAAUAUGUUGCGUUGGAAUUAAAAACUUAAAAAAGAGAUUAUUUUACAGGGUGAUUGAUUAGUGGGGUAAAGCGCAAUAGAUCCGCUAUAGUAAUAGAUAGCAAUAAAAGUUAAUAACAAAAAUUAUAGCCAACUUUGAGCUUCACAUUAGAAAAUUAGUUAGAAUGUUACAGGGUGUUCGAUAACACAGUGGCAGACCAAACUUGUGUUUUUUUAAAUGGAACACCCUAUAUUUUAUUUUAUAUUCGAAAUCCUGUUAACUUCUCCAUCACAAAAAUAUAAAGGUUUAUGUUAUGCAGGGUAUAUAUUUUUUUUUUAUUUAUUCUCAAAAUUUUCAAAAAUGACUGAUAUUGCUUAUUUUCUCAGUAAUUUUAAAGAAAUCCCUGUAUUUUAUAUCACUAUUGAAAAGUACCAUUACCGCGCUUUAAUUUUUAGAUAACAUUCCCUAUGUCUAAAUUUAUUAGUUUUCGAGAUAUUUUCAUUUUUCAAAGGGCCAGUAGCGUGGUCACCAAGAACACCAGAAUUCAAUAAACUGGACUGAUUUUUUGGGGGUUACGUUAAUAAUGAAGUUUAUAAAAUACCUCCAACAACAAGGGAUGAGAUGAAAAAUAGAAUACAACGUGUAUUUCGAUGUGUUAAUUUACAAAUGCUUCGUAGUGUAAAUAGCUCAUUCAAUGAUCGUUUUUAGGCGUGCAUAAAUGUGUUAGGAGUUAAUUUUGAACACCUUAUGUAAUUAAAUAUUAAAAAUAUUUUAUUAAAAGUAGCUUUUAAUUUUUUCAAACUUAUUUUUUUGCAAAAUGUAUUGCUGAUAAAUUAUUUUUCGUUUUUUAUUUGUUACAUUGUUACAUUUACAUACAAAAAUAGUGUUUAAUUGUCUUCACAAUAUGUUGUAAUUUGUGUUUGUGUGUUUUUUGGUAAAAUUUAUUACCAAUAUAUUAUUUUUCUUUCUUUGUUUCAUUUACAUACAAAAGUAGUUUUUAAUUGUUUCAAAAAUGUUGCAUGUUGUGGUUGAGUUUUCUUUUUUGUAAAAUGUAUUAUUAAUAAAUUAUUUUUGUUUCUUUAUUUGCUACGUUGUUACAUUGAUUAGCGGAUUGAUAAUCAGUAAUCGUCAAUUGUCAAUUCAGUCAUGGCUUACAUAAAAUUUGGAAAAAUUUAGACACCUAAAAUAAUUUGCUCUGAAAAAUGAAAAUAUCUCGAAAACCAAUAAAUUUGGACAUAGGGAAUGUUAUAUAAUAAAAUGGUAAUGGUACUUUUCCAUAGUGAUAUAAAAUACAGGGAUGUUCCGUUUAAAAUUACUGAGAAAAUAAUGUACUUGCGUUUUGAGUCACCCUAUAUUUAAUAUAAAGAAAAUUAGCAAUAUCAGUCACUUUUGAAAAUUUUGAUCAUAAAUAAAAAAAUAUGGCAUUACUAAGUCAUUGCUGUUGUGCUUAUUUUUAUUUAUACAGGGAGUUAAACGUGUUACGAUUUUCAUAUAAAAUUGGUUAUAUCUUUGUAAAUACCCUGUAUAACAUAACAAACCGUUAUAUUUUUGUGAUGGAGAAGUUAACAGGAUUUCGAAUAUAAAAUAAAAUAUAGGGUGUUCCAUUUAAAAAAACAUAAGUUUGGUCUGCCACUGUGUUAUCGAACACCCUGUAACAUUCUAAUUAAUUUUGUAAUGUGAAGCUCAAAGUUAGCUACAAUUAUUGUUAUUAACUUUUAUUGCUAGCUGUUACUAUAGCGGAUCUAUUGAGCUUUACCCCACUAAUCAAUCACCCUGUAGAGGGCUAUUGAAAAAAGAGAUUCGUACGGCAAUUGCAAAUAUUUCGGACAUGAUCGAAAGAAGCCACUGGUCCAAUGCAGUAGCAUCUCCUUUAAGUGCAAGUACUUCAAACUGCUCCACUCCAAUGACUUCACCAACCGAUGAAGAUAACAUUUCUCUACCAGGAGAGUCUCUAUAACAGCUCAAUUUUUUAUGAUUCUUUCAAUCGGUUGAUAUAAUUAACUAUUUAUAUGUUUGUACUAUUUUCAUAAUAAAAAUUAAGUUGUUUAGAAA